UCUCUGAGUCGACUCGGACCGAGUUGAUUUUGUUUUGCUCCAUUACUGUAUUCGUUUUCGAUCUCUUCCUCAUUAUCUCGUCGUCGAGUCUGAUUUAUUGUGUUCAUUUCAUCUGAAGUUUAACUAAUGGAAGCUCGUUGUGGAGUCUAAUUCAUUCGUUAGUUUGAUUGGUUAAUGCAACUACUUGGUGUUUUGGAUCUAGCCGAGGAAGAAAAGAGCUAUCUUGGGGGAAAAAGGCUGUGACUUUCUCUCUUAGCUUUUUUUGAUUCUCCACGCUUCAUGUCACGUAAGGUCAACAGUCCUAUUCAAACACAAAUGGCAGUUUCGGUUUUAAAGAGUCCCUUAACAGGGGAGUUUCAUGAGUUUAACAACAAGGUAGGAUUGGGAAUGAAGUCUUCUCCUGUGGGUCGUAGGCGUGUUUUUGUUCAGACAGAGACUGGUUGUGUGCUGGGGUUGGAGUUGGAUCGUAGUGAUAACGCGCAUACAGUGAAAAGGAAGUUGCAGGUGGCUUUGAACUUCCCUAUAGAGGAAAGUUCGUUGACGUAUGGGGAUUUGGUGCUUAAGAAUGAUCUAACAGCUGUGAGGAAUGAUUCUCCUCUACUUUUGACUAGGAACAGUUUUCAUAGGAGUUCAUCUACUCCGUGUCUUUCACCAAUGAGGGGUGAUGUACAAGAGCAGAGAGAUGAGAGUGGUUCUAUUGAGAUUCUUGGGAACUCGGUUUGUUCCAAAUUUGUGAGGCAAAUGGCUAAGGAUAUCACAAAGGCGUUGAAGAGGGAUGUUGAGCCAGUUGCUGUACAUAGUGGUCUUGGAGGUGUUUACUUCUUUAAGAAUAUCCGUGGUGAGAGUGUUGCGAUUGUUAAACCAACUGAUGAGGAGCCUUUUGCACCUAACAACCCUAAAGGCUUUGUUGGUAAGGCGCUUGGGCAGCCUGGUUUGAAACGCUCUGUGCGUGUUGGUGAGACUGGUUAUAGAGAAGUGGCGGCUUAUCUUCUAGAUAAAGAUGGUUUUGCUAAAGUUCCUCCCACUGCUCUUGUGAAGAUCUCUCACUCGAUAUUCAAUGUCAACGAUGGAGUGAAGGGGAGCAACAAGCAUAUGGAGAAGGUUUUGGUGAGCAAGAUUGCUUCCUUGCAGCAGUUUGUAUCUCAUGAUUAUGAUGCUAGCGAGCAUGGAACGUCAAGCUUCCCUGUUUCGGCUGUGCACCGUAUAGGGAUUCUUGACGUUAGGAUUUUGAACACUGAUAGGCACUCAGGGAACUUGCUCGUUAGGAAGCUGGAUGGUGUUGGAAUGUUUGGUCAAGUGGAGCUGAUUCCUAUUGAUCAUGGUCUUUGCUUGCCGGAAACUCUGGAGGAUCCUUACUUCGAGUGGAUUCAUUGGCCUCAGGCGUCGAUACCAUUCUCUGAAGACGAGUUGAGGUACAUAGCAAGUCUUGAUCCUUUUGAAGAUUGUGAGAUGCUGAGAAGGGAGCUUCCUAUGGUGCGUGAGGCUAGUCUCCGUGUUCUUGUUCUGUGUACUGUUUUACUCAAGGAAGCUGCUGCGUAUGGGUUAUGUUUGGCUGAGAUUGGUGAGAUGAUGACUCGAGAGGUUCGUCCUGGAGAUGAGGAGCCUAGUGAGAUUGAAGUGGUUUGUCUUGAGGCUAAGAGUUUGAUAGGAGAGAAGGAAGCUGAGUCCCCAAGAUCAGUAGACUUGGGUGGUGAUGUUGAGUUCCAGUUUGAUUUAGAUUGUGAGGAAGCAUUCCCACUCGGGUUCACUCUUGGAAGUAGUCAUCUUCCAAAGGUGGAAGAAGAGGAAGAAGAGGAAGAGGAAGAAGAAGAAAGCAAGGAGAAGGAAGGGAAAGUAGAGAAAAUGCAGGUGAUUAACAAGCUUUCAAUGUCUCUCAAAAGCACUCUUCUUGGUGAGAAGAGCCAGAAGUAUCAGAAACAUCCAGGAGCGAGAGCAGAGAGUGCAUAUGCAUCAUCUGCACACAGGAGUGCAGAAGAACAGAUUCCAGCAAGCACAAGCUUUGUGAAGCUGUCUGAUAUGAGUGAAGAGGAGUGGAAUAUGUUCCUGGAGAAGUAUCAAGAGCUGCUGUAUCCAGCAUUUGCUAAGCGUAAGGCGAUAACUUUAGGACAGAAUCUGAGGCAGAGGAUGGGGACUUCGUGCCAGUUUUGAGGAUGUCAGAGACUGAAGAAGAAGAAGAAGAAUAAAGGAUCGUGUAGAGGUCUUGUUUCUAAAGGGCGUUUGCUUGAGACUGGACUUGGUGGAAAAGAUGGUCAAGAAAUGGAUUAGUGUAAAUAUUCGUUGAUUCAGCUUUUAGUGUGGAGGAGAUGAAGAGAAUGUAGUCACGUGUCUUUUAAUUUUCUUUGCAUUUUUUUAACUUCUUAAGCCCUCUAUAGGAUCUUGUUGGAUUCUGUUGUCUCGUUUAAAGCCAUGUAUAGCCCUCUCAUGUUUUAUAUGUCACUUGUAGAUUAGAACAAUAAAUGAGAUCA